AGGAGAAUCAAGCGUUUCUCCCUUUGCUGCUGGGGUUUUGUUUUUUGUUGCUAUGUCUGCCUUCCAAGCGACGCGCUAAGUUUUCGGUAGGAAGGAGCUGGCCGCGUCUCCCUCGUUCACUCCCCAUUCUCCAGUCCGCUUGGUUCCCGCAAGAAAAGAAGGUGCAACUCAAAUUAAUUUUGAAAUGUAUGUUGGAAAUCUGUCUGUUCUCCUGCUGAUGAUUCUUAUCUGUGCCAGCCUAGGUCAGCUUUGCCCUAUACGCUCGAUCAUUAACAUUCCGGAAGGAGAAUAUUUUUCAAUUUGCUGUCCCGGGGUGGAACAAGAUAGAGGCUACGCCGUGCACUGGUAUAAGGAAAGAGGAGGAGAUUGGACAUUGAUUCAAGGAGACAACAGAACUGAGUUGAGCGGGACUUACUUGGAAUUUUGGCCAGCUGUGCUGAAUGACACUGGAAACUAUAUGUGUAACUCCAGCAAUGGAAAACACAAUCCAAAGAAAUGGUCUUUGAUUGUCCUCCAAAGAAGUAGAACAAGUUGCUUCAAUGCCAACCACGUGUCAUCUGCUAUACAUGGAAUUCUUGGAAGAACCUAUCACCUGAAAUGCAAUGAUACAUACCACAGGGCAAAUGUUGCCAUGAUAACAUGGUACAAGGACUGCAAGAAGCUCCCUCAAAUAAAGGAGGAGUGGUCUAUCGAUGAGCUAACAGCGGGAGAUUCUGGAAACUUCACAUGCGUGAAGACAUUUCUUCAUGCAGGAAAGAGAUACAAUGCUACCAAAACAAUAGGACUAACAGUGGAAGAAGGUCUUGAGGAAAUCACAAAGCCUGGGCUAAUUGGAUCCGAAAGUUAUACCAUCCUAACGGAAAUAGGUAAAAAGGAAAUCCUCAACUGCACAGCUUUUUUAGGUUACUCUAACAAUGUAGUUGGAGACUUUCUGCUUUAUUGGUCACACCAAGAUGACAUGAUACGUCGCUGUGAGGACAACGACUUGCCAUGUGAAAUGGAAUACCAUUAUCAAGAAGAAGGGAAAAACUAUUCUUUGAAGCAGUUGUGGAUCAAGAGCGUUAAAGAGGCGGACAUCAAUUUUUCAUACACCUGCAAUUUUGUGGCAGCUGGUUACACUGGAAGGCAAAUAGUUACACUGCAGAAAGAAACGAAUCGAGACUUACCCUUGCAGGUCUUUACCCCUGGAAUUAUCGCAGUGAUCUUGCUUUCCCUUGUUUCUGUUCUUGCGGUCAUUCUGUCUGUGAUAUUCAAAGUUGACCUUGUUUUAUUGUACAGAGAUGUCACAGGGAAGGAUGAAACGAUUGGAGAUGGAAAAAUAUAUGAUGCAUUUGUGUCUUACCUGAAAGACUGUGUACCCAUAUGUGAUGAAGAGAGAAAAUUUGCACUGAACAUAUUGCCCACAAUAUUAGAAAAACAUUUUGGAUACAAACUGUGUAUCUUUGAACGGGAUAUCUCUCCUGGAGGAGCUGCUGUCGAUGAUGUCCAGUCAUAUAUUGACAGAAGUAGAAGAUUAAUCAUUAUACUGAGUAAGAACUACAUCUCCGACAAAGUCAUGUUUGAACUUGAAACCGGGCUUCACAAGGCCUUGGUUGAGAAGAACAUUAAAGUGAUACUAAUAGAAUAUAUGCCGAUACGUGACUUUGAUUUCUUGCCCAAGUCUUUGAAACUUCUUUCACCAAGCCACGUGGUGAAAUGGAAAGAAGAGAAGUCACUCGCUUUGAAUUCCAGGUUUUGGAAGAAGCUCCGCUAUGCGAUGCCUGCUAAGCCCUCCUCAAUGAAGGAACCGUCUAUUUUGUGAGAUGUACAUUCCAGGACAGAGCAUGACCAAUUCAGCCACCCCUGAAGGGCUUCACUCAAGUUUCAUGUUAGUAAGG